UAUUUUUUGUUUUCAGUGUGUGAUCCUCGCACGUGGAAAAUGCAUUAUUUGUAAACAAGCCAUGGAAACUGUCGCAGUUUUCUUUGCAUUUUCAGUGAUUUAUUGUGCAACGAUCAUAGAACAGGUAAUUUUUAAUUGAUUAUUCUAGUUCUUAUUAAUUCGCCGAAAAUCAGAAAGAAAUUAGUGCAAAAUGUUUCAAACUAUAACGCGCGCAAUCCGGCCUCUUGUGAAGCCGAGCCAUUGGAGAAACCCGGUUCUAGCUUCUCAGACGGCUCUCUACAGCACAUUCCACCCGCGCGAAUUCCAGUUUGAAAAAUCGGACGGUGAAGCCGGAACCUUGAUACACCGUUUUUCGAGGCACAUUGCUCUCAACAAGAGAGAUUUUACCGAUCCUACCCAAUACAAUUUGCAGUAUUCUUCCUUCUAUCCGAUUUACAAUCCGAAGCACUUUCUGAAGGAAUUGAAAUCGGUCACUACUCACGACCUAGGAAAGCUUAUUUGUUUAACGGCGGACUUCCGUGGAAAAGCCGACGUUCGUUUGCUGACCGACGUUUUGAACUCGUUGGAUGAAGAAGCCGAAUCACGGGUGCCGGAGGCAACAUUUAACGAACUAUUGGGUCUUCUCCAUGGGUUUAUGUAUCUUUUACCCAAUAAAAUAACAAAGCUGCAAACAUAUCGUUUGGCGAUGCCCCGUCUCGUUGAGCUGUUCAGUAGCAAUCCAAAUGAAAAAGAUUUUAUGAGUUUGCUAUUUUUCAUCGGCCUUUGGAAGAAAAACGCUGCUGGAAGCCGAAUGAUGGAUCAAUUUCUGGCUGAACAUCUAUCUCGAUUUCUAACGGAUCAGCUAGAACUAUUUGACUUUGUGAUGCUCGCCAAUGCCAGCUAUAAAACUAGUGUAAGGAUUCAGGAUGAAUCGUUUCGCAAUCGAUUGCAGCAAGAGAUCGAGCGUUUCGACGAUAAAGGUGAUAUGGCAUUGUUGGUAACUCUAGUCAAAUGUGCGCGUAUGAACAGAUUGAAAUCGGAUGCGAUAGUGGAGAGGAUUCGAACGCUUAUCCAAUCUUGCCCGAAGGAUCUCGACUUCAGAGGUCUAUCGCACCUGUUUGCCUAUGUCGCCGAUAAUCACAUCAAAGACGAUGACCUCACUGAGCUAUUUCUGGCUGAAGGAAGCAAACGCAUGGAAGAGACGAUCUUGAAUCCGCCCUCAGAUCCGCUCGCCCAGAACUGUAGAGCCAAGGAUGUAGCCACAUAUCUUUGGAGCUGUGCCACGCUUGGUAUCGAUAUUCAGCGGUUAUCAUUGGAUCCCAAAGAUUUGCUUGAGGAUAUCCAUCGGAGAAUUGACGCCGAAGAGUAUCGUUUCAUGCCGGAUACCCUGGUGGACACAUGUCUGUCGCUGUGGAUGAUUGGCCAUCCCUCAGUCGAUCUUCUGGCUUCCGUUUUUGGUGAUAGACUAUCGGCACAGCAUUUUAAGCGCGGUCAGCCAAAGGUUGAGUCCCGGAAGGAUCUUCUCCUGGCAUGUGCCGAAAUCGAACGACCAGAAGCUUUUAAAAUUAUUUCAAAACUUCCUAUGCCAAACGCGUUUGAACUAGCACGAGAAUGUCCCGAGUAUCUAGUUAAAUCGCGCGAUGGAUUGCUACAAGUGAAAGCUUGCUUAGACGAAGCGAAAAACCGACUUAAGAUUGCGGAGGUAAGAUUUAAUGUCCCAAUCAAGUUCUUGAAUAUUGCUGGCCUUUUGGUAAAAUUGGAGAAUGGUGAACAAAUAACUGUUGAAGUUUUGGACGAACCAUAUCUACUGACGGAUGGUCAAACGAUAAGCGGAUUUAUGAAAUUGAAGUUGCGUUUGCUGGAACAAAUGCAAGUUAAAAGUAUAACGUUGAAUCUAACUAACAACACAACUCAAGAGGAAAUGGUCAAAGUUGUAGAAAGCGCUUUACAAAACUUAACACCCGUUGAAAAGCCAAAAAGACGAGGUCGUAAAAGUGGUUAGAUAAAAUCAGUACAUCUUUAUUAGAAGUUAAAAUAAUAUCAAACAAAAUCCGGUGUUAGUACAAUGUAGCAUUAUUUAA